UAGAGAUCGGUUGGUUCAGCAACUGGGCGUGGUUAACAUAAGCCAAUCAAAAUCUAAGUUUGUUUGACGGGCUUUAAAUUUAACCAAUGGCUGUGCUGCUCCACACGGCUCACACCCGGGGUGGGCGGGGCUUUGAAGACAGUCGCACACUCUUCAACAUGGAGUACAGAAAAUAACCUGAAUCACACCGAAUCUUACAAUUUUCUUUAGGGUUGUUAUUAUUUUUGCCGCCGUACAGGUUCUAAUUAUUCGGACUACCUUGUAAAUACCAUCUUAUCUGACUCGCUAACCCAUUAUACCGUUCAUAUGUUGUAAACUCUGAACUACUUGACAGCUACGAAAACUAUCUGUAACACUUCUAAACUCUUGGUUUCACCCAAAAGGCUGCUUAUUUUUUUCGAGGCUUUCUCCAGCGGGAGGACAAUUUCAAAGCUUAAAAGUAAAAAAAAAAAGUAACUUUGCCUACAGUCGGGUUUAUUGGGUGAGACGUGACAUCGUGUCAAAUUAUUGACUCAAUGCACAAUGCAGCGAGUGUGUCAGCCUCUCUGGGGUCUGUGGGACUGUUGCGUCUGGUUGGGGUGUCCUGGUCCUGGAGUCUGGCAGCAGGCUUAGGGGUAUAUCUGGGCACAAGAAGUUGGAAAUACUUCUAUGUUGCAGCACGAACUGCCAAGAGAGAUCUCAAUGGCCUGUACGUGCUGCUGAGAGUGAAGCUGGCCUUGUGGCGUUACAUGCGCACUGGAAGCAAUAUCCCUUCCAUCUUCGCCCAGACAGUUAAACUCCACCCCAAUAAACCAGCACUGAUCUAUGAGGCCACUGGGGAAACGUGGACCUUUACCCAGCUGGACGAGCUCUCUAAUGCCGUAGGUCACUGGGCAAGAAGUCAAGGAUGGGUCGCCGGAGAUGUAGUGGCCCUCUUCAUGGAAAGCCGGCCCUUGUAUGUGGCACUUUGGCUGGGCUUGGCCAAAGUCGGCGUAGAAGCGGCCCUUAUAAACUUCAGUCUCCGCUGUGAUUCGCUCCUGCACUGCCUUGGGGUAUCAGGAUCACGGGCGAUUGUGUUUGGAGCUGAGCUUGCUGAUGCCAUGUUGGAGAUCAACUCAUCCGUCAGCCAGACUAUGGUACGGUUUUGUGCCGGAGACCUGAGUGCAGAACGUCUGGCCAGUCUAGAUGCUCAGCCUCUGCAUCCACUUUUGGCCACUGCAUCCAGACAUCCCCCGACACCUUGUGUUCCCCACAAAGGCAUGAGUGACCGACUGUUUUAUAUUUACACCUCUGGAACCACUGGACUGCCAAAGGCUGCCAUUGUUGUGCACAGUCGAUACUACAGAAUUGCAGCUUUUGGUCAUUUCGCCUUUCGCAUGCGCUCUGAUGACAUCGUCUAUGACUGCCUGCCACUCUAUCACUCAGCAGGUAAUAUUAUUGGAGUUGGACAGUGUCUAAUCUAUGGCCUCACUGUGGUGGUGAAGAAGAAAUUCUCUGCCAGCCGCUUCUGGGAUGACUGCAUUAAGUACAACUGUACCGUGAUGCAGUAUAUCGGGGAGAUCUGCCGAUACCUGCUAUCUCAGCCAGUCCGCCCAGCUGAGAAGAACCACAAAAUUCGUCUGGCAGUAGGGAAUGGACUGCGCCCCAGUGUGUGGGAAGCCUUCAUGGAACGAUUUGGCGUGGCACAGAUUGGCGAGUUCUAUGGAGCAACUGAGUGCAACUGCAGCAUUGCUAACAUGGAUGGCAAGGUGGGAGCGUGUGGAUUCAACAGUCGCAUUAUCCCGACUGUGUACCCCAUCCGCCUGGUGAAGGUGAACGAAGACACAAUGGAACUUAUUCGGGACAGUAAGGGCCUCUGCGUGCCUUGCCGCCCUGGGGAACCGGGACUUCUGGUGGGUCGGAUCAAUCAGAAGGAUCCUUUGCGGCGGUUCGAUGGCUAUGCUAACCAGGAUGCAACAAAGAAGAAGAUCGCUAACAAUGUCUUCAAGAAAAAUGAUUCAGCCUAUUUAUCAGGUGAUGUACUAGUGAUGGAUGAACUCGGCUACAUGUACUUCCGUGACCGCAGUGGGGACACUUACCGAUGGCGAGGGGAAAACGUCUCUACCACAGAGGUGGAAGGCAUACUCAGCAAUCUUCUUGAUCAAACUGAUGUGGCUGUGUAYGGUGUGGCAGUGCCAGGUGUGGAAGGUAAGGCAGGCAUGGCUGCCAUUGCAGACGCUACUGGAAGUUUCGACUGCAACAGCUUCUUGCAAAAGAUUCAGCGAGUUCUUCCUCCCUAUGCACGCCCGCUGUUCCUGCGAAUCUCCCCACAAGUAGACACCACAGGUACAUUUAAAAUCCAGAAAACCAGGCUGCAGAAGGAAGGUUUUGACCCACGUCUCACAACUGACCAGAUCUACUUUUUGAACAGUAGAUUGGCACGAUACGAGGUCAUGAACGAGGAGCUCUACAGCACUAUAUUGGAGGGAAGAAUGUCUUUAUGAUGUGAAGGGGUCAUAGCAGGAAAGCACAAGUGCCUCAGUUAAACAGUUCUCACAGGUGCUCGAUCGAGAGAAAGAGAGAGAGAGAGAGAGAGAGAGAGAGAGAGAGAGAGAGAGAGAGAGAGAGAGAGAGAGAGAGAGAGAGAGAGAGAGAGAGAGAGAGAAAGAAAGAGAGAGGGAGAGAGAGAGAUUCAAACUAUAAUGUCUACAUCGGUAAGUUCUGUCGUACUUCUGGAUUUUAAGUAUUCAGUGAACAGAUCUGGGAAGAGUAUUAACAUAGAGCACUGUUACAGAUGAUAUUUCAACACUGCUUGAUUAACAAACUAGGAAAUGAUGUUAGGGCAUUUGAUCCCUUUAUUAAUUUAUUUUGAGUUAUUAAAUGAACACCUCAUAAAGCCUUUGAGCGUACCACACACAGUGGAACUCCUCCACAGUUUAUUUCAAAUAGGAUACACGUUACAUUAAUGUUUUUAGGAAAUAAGUGGUAGCAUCAAGUCAAGAGUUUUGUUAUAGAAAAUACUGUGAGCUGCUAGAUUAAUAAUGUGUAGGUUUAAAUGUUACUAUUGUGUUACUCCUGCUUGUUUUAAUGAGUCAAAGACUUAAUUUAAAUACACAACGGCUGCUAGUUCAAAAACAUGAUGAACUCAAGCUAAUCAUUAGAUCUUUAUCGAGUGCCAUGCAUAAAUAUUUCAUUUUAUUUGGUCCUUUAAACAACACUGGCAUGGGUUUGCAAAUUGUGCACUCUGUGUAUGUGCCUUUUAUAAAACUCCAAACGUAUUUUAUAUUUUUAAUGCUUUUUAUGGAAAGGAGUUUACAUACAAAUAUCAGCAAAGAAGCUAACGAACACACCAUGACUGUCAUUUUAUGUAACAAAUCUUAUAGAUGUUAGGUGUUGUGAUUUAAAAACGCUAAGUAUUUUGUUGUAACUCAAAUUAAACAAAUUCAAAAUGCA